AUGGUAGGACCAGGUGGAAAAGGACAUGAGAAGACUGGGAAGAAGGAAAAAGGAUGGAAAAUACAGAGACAUUUGGAGACAGUGUGUUUGCAAGGCAAAGUUCCACCAGGAGUACCAAUGGCACAGCAAUUUAGUACUGCCAACAACUACGGUUAUACCACAAAAGGAAGUAGAUGGAGAUAUCAAGAAGAGCGUGGCUGGAGCCCAACUCACUACCCUGUGGACCACCGCCGCCUCGACAUGCUGCUCUGUCUACUGCUGUGUCUGUUGCCUGUUAUAGUGACGGUAACCGAGGCCCAGUACCCGAGGCCUGGAGACUGUCCUCCUGCCUUACCCGUGGGAGUUUGCUACCCCAGCUGUUCCCAGGAUGGUCAGUGUGAGGGAUUCUACAAGUGCUGUGCCACGGCUUGUGGAGGCACGGUAUGCAGCAGACCUGUCACCAGCCGCAGGUUUGCCAACUUGAAGAGUGGAGUGUGUCCUGCAAAGCCGACGGGUCCCUGGGUGUGCUCCAACAGGUGCGCAAUGGACAGCGAUUGUCGCGGGCGGCUCAAGUGUUGUCGCAACCGAUGUGGUGCUCUGGCCUGUGUAGCACCCGAGACUGGUAUCAUGUUUCAGGACUAUAACAAUUUGUAACUCUGGUUUAUAAUACAAGUAUUAUUCUUUAUAACAUUGAUAAAGUGAAACUAAACCGAUUGUUUGUUAAAUACCAUGCAAUAUUUGAAAUGUUCUUAGGAAAGAUCUGUAAGAUAAUCCAAUGUAUGUGUGUAUUUUCAGUCAUUAUUCUAUCAAUAU